AGCUAAUGGUACGUUACAGGAUUAUAAUGGAAGAUGUCAAGGAGAAUGCAUUCCACUCCGAACCAAAAGCGUGUAAUGAUUUUAUCUUUACUUAUUUUGUUUCAGGAUUUUAAAGAAUUCGUCGACGCGGAAAACCUAAUGCCGCUGACGACCAGCGACUUCCGCAAUCCGGUCUGCUUAGAAAUGCGCCUACUCAAAGCCUCCGAACAGACAAUCAACACCUUCGGCUUCCCGGAGGUCGACAUCGAGAAGAAGAACAACGACCUGAACAGUAUGGACAGUUCGGACACGUUCGCCAGCUGCACGACGCACCCCUUCAACUCGCAGGGCGAUUUGACCUCGGAGGUCAAUAACGAGAACGCCAGCGUGACGGACAGCAACCUCUAUGUCAAUCCUCUGGACAAGAGUGGGGAUAACAGCCCUGUGAUACCGGCUGCCGUGACGCGAACCAGUGGGGUGAAGAAGUCCGCCUCUGGGGAUACCGGACUGAGGAGCUUGGGGACUUCGCCGAUGGAUGAGGGGUUCAAAGGAUUCGGACUGCUCGAGAGGGGUAGUAGGGUUAGCUUGAACGACUCGCCGCUCACUAAGCACAGAAAAACUAGAUUUCAGGGCCGACCAAGGACAAGGUUUGGAGAUUCUUUCGAGAACGACUCCCAAGAAAGUUUGGAGAAAAAGAAGAAAACCUCUUUCAUCCCUUCGAGAAGUCUGGCUUCAGCAACACGAAUCAUCAAUCAGCAUUUGUUUGGGCUUCAGAAUCUAGCAGCCAAAGCUGGUAAAAAUUGCGGCAGCAAAUCUUCCCUGUCAGUGGACUCGAUCGACAGCCGAACCAGCCCUCAACUCAACCGCCGAUCAAAGUCAAUUCUAAAAAAAUCCGACAGCAGCGGCAACCGAUGCGCUGACCCCGAAAGCGAACGAUUGAUCUCCGACAACAUAUCCGGCUUCGAAGUUUGCUUCGGAAACGAAUACUCGCCAAACAAGCGACUAUCAUCGCCUUUGACGAAUCGAAGGGCAGCCAGCCAGAAAAUCAUCUCUAAAAACCUGCCUUCCUACCAGCAGGAGCUGGAGCGGACGCGGUUGCUCAAAUCCCAGCUCUUUCUGCUGGAUGACAUCUACAGGGAAAAGCAGACUUGUAACGAGACACGAGUGGACUCGAACAAGAUGAAGGUUUGUGGGGACGGUAUCGGUGAAGUGCCACUUUAUAUUUGUCCACCACCACCUCCGAUGGAUACUUCGCCAUCGGAAGAUACCAGGCUGCUUCUUUGUUCAACUGUGGCUUCUUCGCCACCUAGGCAGCCGAAUUACUCCAUAUCCAAGGGACACAAUUCAUCUUCGUAGCAGUUACAGAAACUUGGAUCAU